AUGAAGCGCCAAUUGCUAUUGCAGCUGAGCAGAGUGAGAUCAACAAACUGCAGAUCGGUGGUAAUCAUUGAGAGACGACAAUGGUACCACGAAGACAGCGAGAAAACCACCAUCACAGACUCUGUCGCAGAUUUAAAGACAGGCACUGUCGAGGACAAAACAAGGGGCCUGCCCGACUUUCGGCGGCCUUCCUCGGCUGACAUCGGACGCUCCGCAGCCCCGCGUUCCACUGGGAGUUUCCUGGAGCUUGCACCCCGCCAAAGAACUUCACCACCACUCCCCAACCCCAUCCCCAUUCCUCCUGCCCUCAACAACAAGCGACGCUGCGCACUUUUGCGUCCCCAAUUCCCCCGCCAGCCUUCGAUUGCCCCCAGCAGGGCGUUUAGCAGCUCGGUAGCAGCCAUGGCCGCCGCAAAGAUCGACGGAACCGCAAUUGCCCGCAAGGUGCGCGAGCAGCUCAAGGCUGAAAUUGCCGCCCGCAAAGCUGCAAAUCCGCGCUUCAACCCCUGCCUCAAGAUCAUCCAGGUCGGCGACCGCUCCGACUCGACCACCUAUGUGCGCAUGAAGCUCAAGGCCUCCGAGGAGGUCGGCAUCGCUGCUGAGCUGAUCAAGUUCGACGAGUCUGCCACCGAGGCCGAGCUGAUCGCCCGCGUGACUGCGCUUAACAACGACCCCUCCGUCCACGGCAUCCUCGUCCAGCUGCCGCUGCCCAAGCAUGUGUCCGAAUACAAUGUCACGUCCGCCGUCGCCAGCGAGAAGGAUGUCGAUGGCUUCGGCACCCACAACAUUGGCGAGCUGGCCAAGCGCGGCGGCCGCCCCUUCUUCGUGCCCUGCACCCCCAAGGGUAUCAUGGUGCUGCUGAAGGAAUCUGGUGUCGAGCUGGCUGGCAAGAACGCCGUUGUGGUUGGCCGCAGUGAUAUCGUCGGCAGCCCUGUCAGCUACCUGCUGAAGAAUGCCGACGCCACGGUGACUGUCUGCCACUCCAAGACCAAGGACCUGGCGGAGCACCUCAAGCAGGCCGACGUCGUGGUUGUUGCCAUUGGCCAGCCCGGCUUCAUCAAGGGCGAGCAGCUCAAACCUGGCUGUGUCGUCAUUGAUGUCGGCACCAACUACAUCCCCGAUGCGACUAAGAAGUCGGGCCAGCGCCUGGUUGGCGAUGUCGACUUCGAGUCGGCUUCCCAGGUUGCUUCCCAGAUUACGCCUGUGCCUGGCGGCGUCGGACCCAUGACUGUCGCCAUGCUGCUGCAGAACGUCUUGGACGCCGCUAACCAGGCCUAUGAGGCUGAACGCAAGAGGCACAUCACCCCUCUUCCCCUCCACCUCCAGACCCCCGUCCCCUCGGACAUUGCCAUUUCGCGCGCCCAGCGCCCCAAGCCCAUCACCCAAAUCGCCAAGGAGAUCGGCAUUGCCGCCUCUGAGCUCGAGCCAUAUGGCUCUUAUAAAGCCAAGGUUGACCUGAGCAUCCUCAAGCGCCUGGCUCAUCGCCGUGAUGGCCGCUACGUCGUCGUCACUGGCAUUACCCCUACUCCCCUGGGUGAGGGCAAGUCUACGACGACCAUGGGUCUGGCCCAGGCUCUGGGUGCUCACCUCGGCCGUGUUACCUUUGCCAAUGUGCGUCAGCCCAGCCAGGGCCCGACCUUCGGCAUCAAGGGUGGUGCUGCUGGAGGCGGUUACAGCCAAGUCAUCCCCAUGGACGAGUUCAACAUGCACUUGACGGGUGAUAUCCACGCUAUUACUGCGGCCAACAACCUUCUGGCUGCUGCGAUUGAUACCCGUAUGUUCCACGAGGCCACUCAGAAGGACGGUCCUCUCUACCGCCGUCUGGUUCCGGUCAAGAACGGCAAGCGUUCUUUCACUCCCGUGAUGCUUCGCCGUCUCAAGAAGCUCGGCAUCGACAAGACCGAUCCCGACUCCCUGACCGAGGAGGAAAUCCGGCGCUUUGCCCGCCUGGACAUCGACCCCGAAACCAUCACCUGGCGUCGCGUACUCGACGUCAACGACCGGCACCUGCGCGGCGUGACCAUCGGCACCGCCCCCACCGAGAAGGGCCACGCCCGCCAGACGGGCUUCGACAUCUCUGUUGCCAGCGAGUGCAUGGCCAUCCUGGCUCUCAGCACCAGCCUGGCCGACAUGCGUGAGCGCCUGGGCCGCAUGGUCGUCGCCAGCUCCAAAUCCGGGGAGCCCAUCACCUGCGACGACAUCGGCUGCGGCGGUGCCCUGGCCGCCCUCAUGAAGGACGCCAUCAAGCCCAACCUGAUGCAGUCCCUGGAGGGCACGCCCGUCUUCGUUCACGCAGGCCCAUUCGCCAACAUCUCCAUCGGCAACAGCUCCAUUCUUGCUGACAAGAUGGCUCUCAAGUUAGCCGGCACUGAGCCCGACGAAGACCAUUCCGCCAAGGCAGGCUUCGUCGUCACAGAAGCCGGCUUCGACUUCACCAUGGGUGGCGAGCGCUUCUUCAACAUUAAGUGCCGCACCUCAGGCCUGGUCCCGGACGUCGUUGUCGUCGUCGCCACCAUCCGCGCGCUCAAGGUCCACGGUGGCGGGCCCCCGAUCUCCCCCGGUGCCCCGCUCGACCCGGUUUACAAGGAGGAGAACGUCGAGGUCCUCCGCAAGGGCUGCGUCAACCUCGCCAAGCACAUCGCCAAUGCCAGGUCGUACGGCGUGCCCGUCGUCGUGGCCAUCAACAAGUUUGCCACCGACACCGAAGCCGAGGUUGCCGUGGUCCGCGAGGAAGCCAUCAAAGCCGGCGCGGAAGACGCCAUCCUGGCGAACCACUGGGCCGAGGGCGGCAAGGGCGCCGUCGACCUCGCCAAGGCGGUCGUGGCCGCCGCGGAGAAGCCCAAGAAUUUCAAGCUCCUGUACUCCCUCGAGAACAACACCAUUCGCGACCGCAUCGAAACCAUCGCGCGCGAAAUGUACGGCGCCUCGGGCGUCGAAUUCUCCGAGCUGGCGCAGAAGAAGAUCGAUCUGUACACCAAUCAGGGCUUUGGCAACCUGCCAAUCUGCAUUGCCAAGACGCAAUAUAGUCUGAGCCACGACCCCGAACUGAAGGGCGCGCCAACGGGAUUCAUCGUGCCCAUUCGCGAUGUGAGAAUGGCAGCUGGCGCCGGGUAUUUGUAUGCCCUUGCCGCGGACAUACAAACGAUUCCUGGCUUGCCGACCGCGCCGGGGUAUUUGAAUGUGGAUGUUGAUGCUGAGACGGGGGAGAUUCAGGGGCUGUUCUAA